AUGGAGAAUGCUUUAUACUAUGGACACUUGAAUGUUGCCUACUGGCUGCACGCGCAUUUCCCAGGCGCCAUCCCCGAGUACGUCAAGGCUGCUGGGCCGUCUGUGCUGCUGGGCCGUCUGUGCUGCUGGGUCGUGUGGGCUGCUGGGCCGUGUGUGCUACUGACGCCGGGCCACUUGCUGCUGGGCUAUGUGCGCUGCUGGGACGUGUGUUGGGUUGCGUCUGUGCGCUCUCGUGGCGUGUGGCUCAAGUGGUCGAGGGUUUGGACGACUCGUGAGGUUGAGCGCCAGGCCUUCGGGCCUGGAGGUUCGGGUCCAAACCCCGACAUGGGCAUCAAUGUGCUGCGUGUGCAUUUAGAUGAAGCGCAGGAAUGGCGGAAGGGCGGAAUUGGGUGUCGGGUAGACGACUUCGCCUUCAUAGUAGCGCUCGCGAAACUGGUCAAGGAGAACGGAAAGUAUUCAAGCGUCUUCUUCUCGGCUUCGACUCCAACAGCGUGGACCUCCGUCUUGUACGCUGGCGAGGCCGGAUCCAGCUUGAACCCAGAAGCUGUGAACCACUCGAACCACACUAUCGAUAGCGCUUUGGACGCACGUUUGCGCGCGCGCUUUGGCUGCGACUGUUCAACGUCUUCGUGCUGCUGCUCGCUCGUCGAGCUCCUGCGACAGCUUUUCGAGAACACGGCUCAUGUUUUGAGAGGACUCGGCCGCUGUUUCGUGUUUCUCUACUGCAGGUGGAUUGAAUGCAGCUCGGAGGGUGAUAGACCAUGCCAACAGCUCGGAGGCCUGUAUGUUGAGGACACCAAGGGCUUCAUGAAUGCGACGGGCGUACGGGCUAUCCAAGCGAUGGCGUUCCAUCUCGGGGAAGUGAAGGAUCAAGGUCGCCAUCAACACUUCGAGCACCUGACGAUCCAAGUUCCAAGACACUGUCGGGAAACCAGUGACCGCAGCGAAGAGGAGAUCCUGCAGCUACUCCACGCGCGCUCGGACGACUCCGUCCAGGGCGGUAAGAAAAACGCCUUGCUCACGCGCGACAUAUUCCAGCCCCCGCGUUCAACAACCCAGUUCGGGCUUAUGCGACUGACGACGUUGGCGUGCAUGGCCCCACCUCUUCUGAAGGAGUGCGAGCUUGGGCACCAGGGGCCGAAUUGGCUCGACAUGGCUGUGGAGUCUUGCAUCCCCAGCUCGCCAUCGUCGUCUUGGUCGUCGGACGCGGACAGUGCAGUUCGCACGAAGGACGGCGAGAUGGCCAAGGGCACGAAGGACAACAGUCCUCCCCCGCUGCCGAAGGCCCCGAAGCCUGCGACCACCAAGGGCACGGCGGAAGAUAGAGGCACCAACGAGGAGUGGGAGGAGGAGGAGAAGGAGAAGGAAGACGAGGAGGGAGGACGGCCGAUAAGAAGCCUGCGCCUGGCGGCCACCCACUCGUCACGCUGCAGGCAGCAGCAGCAGCACGCGGAGCUGCAGAGCCAACCCAGGACCACGCCACCGCAGCAGUAG